AAUCUCAACCGUGAACCACGUCAUCUCGGCGGCGCCUUCAACGGACAGCCGCUAUGCCGAGAGCUCCGCGCCUCGCCGGCGCCGCCGUCGUCGCCCUCCUCUUUCUAGCCUUCCUACUGCCGGCGGAGGCCGUGCCCUUCGUCGUUCUGCACGGGAUUGGCGACCAGUGCGCCAACCGCGGCGUCGCCAAGUUCACCAAGCUUCUCGCCGACUGGUCCGCCGCCGACGGCUACUGCCUAGAAAUUGGUAGCGGAACAUUGGACUCUUGGGUGAUGCCUCUUGAACAGCAGGCUGAUAUCAUUUGCAAGAAGGUAAAGGAGAUGAAAGAGCUAAGCGGCGGCUAUAACAUUGUCGGUCUGUCUCAGGGGAACUUGAUUGGUCGGGCAGUAGUCGAGUAUUGUGAUGAUGGACCACCGGUCAAGAAUUUCAUCUCACUCGCUGGACCUCAUGCUGGUACUGCUUCUGUGCCACUUUGUGGUUCUGGUAUUUUUUGUGUUAUUGUUGAUGCCCUGAUCAAAUUGGAGAUUUACUCGGACUACGCACAGGCACAUCUUGCACCAAGUGGUUACCUCAAAAUCCCAACUGAUAUGGAAGAUUAUUUGAAGGGGUGCAGGUUUCUUCCCAAACUUAACAAUGAGAUACCAGGUGAAAGAAAUGCCACAUACAAGGAAAGGUUCAGCAGCUUAGAGAAUUUAGUAUUGAUCAUGUUUGAGAGUGAUAUUGUCCUCAUACCUCGGGAAACAUCAUGGUUUGGUUACUACCCAGAUGGAGCCUUUGAUCCAGUCCUGCCCCCUCAGAAGACAAAGCUAUACGAGGAAGACUGGAUCGGCCUGAAGACGCUGGACGACACCGGACGAGUCAAGUUUGUAUCGGUGCCAGGAGGCCACCUGGGCAUCUCCGACAGCGACAUGAUGAAACACAUCGUUCCUUACUUGAUGGACGAAACAUCUACUUCCGCUUCGCUCGCCGCCACUUGGUACGCCAUCAAGGAAGCACUGGGGCUGACAGGGAGCAACACCGGUGUCCUCCUUCAGUCCUCUACGUGACAAUGCAUCCUGCAUAUUGCAUAUUGCCAGGAAUGUAACAGUGGAUGGCGAAUAUGUACUGUGCUAUCCUUUGUUCAAGCUGUGCUUUUAUCAUCGGCUUGUGAAAGAGCACUUGGUUACAGCAAUUGUAGAAACAGAUCACACGUUACAUAUCAAGUCCUUAUUGGGUUGGUUGCAUCUUUUUUCA